AUGGCUGUGUACUGCUAUGCGCUCAAUAGCCUGGUGAUGAUGAAUAGCAGCAACGAGGUGAAGAGCGGCGGUAGCCGGAGCCAGACGCCUCCUCCCCGGGGGCAGGUGCUGCAGGUCUCGGAGCUGCACGGCCCCUGCUGCCCGCUGGCCACGCUCAGUCCGGGCGCUGGGAGCCCCAGCUGCCCCCGGAGGAGCUCGGCCUUCCUCUUUCCCCCCGGGGAGCAGCCGCCGCCAGAGGAGCCGGGGAGCGCCGGGACUCCCGGGGGCAGCAGGCGGCCCAGCAGCCCGAGCUGGCUGGGAAGGGAAGAGCCGUCGCGGCCCCGCCAGCGGGAGCUGCAGAACGUGCAGGUGAACCAGAAAGUGGGGCUCUUCGAGGCGCACAUCCAGGCGAGCAGCUCAGCCACCCUGCACCUCAAGAGCCCGCGGCUGGGCAGGAGAUCGCCGUCCCCCAUCCCGCCCCGCCGCAGCCGGCCCCCCGGCGGAGACCCACGGGAAACGCCCAGGAAGGAGGAGGACAAGGUCCCGACAAGCCCCUUUCCCUGGCCGGAGGCGGAGAGGGGGAUAUGGGGCCGCGUAGCACAGGAUCCAGGAGAGACGGAGAGGGGGCGUGAGCCCCCCAGGGCGCAGGCUUUCGGGGAGACGGAGAGGGGGGGUGGGCACUGUGGAGCGCAGGUUGCCGGGGAGAUGGAAAGGGGGAGCAGCACUCUCGGAGCGCGUUGUACAGAGGAGAUGAAGAGGGGCGAUGGGAUGCCCAGAGGGCUGGGAGCGGAGGAGACGGAAAAGAGGAGCGGAUCCUGCGAACAGGAGGGACCGGAGGAGACUGAGAAGUGGAGCGGGUCCCCCAGGGCGCAGAACUCAGAAGUGAUGGAGAGGGGGAGCAGUGGAGCGCAGAAGUCAGAAAACUCAGAAGUGAUGGAGAGCAGGGAGAGGGUUCACACAGCGCAGGGCUCGGAAGUGAUGGAGAGGAGGAGCGAGUCCAGUGGAGCGCGGGGCUCAGAGGUGUUGGAGCGAGGAGAGAGGACCCACAGCGCGCAGGGCUCUGGGGUGAUGGAGCGAGGAGAGGGGACCCACAGCACGCAGGGCUCAGGGAUCAUGGAGCGGGGUAGGGUAUCCCUAGAAACUCAGGGUUCCGCCUCAACAGAGGAGGGGAGCGAGAACUGCGGAUCGCGGGGCUCGGACUCUUCAGCCGCCCCGGAGCAAGGGAGGGGUGAAGAGCAACAUUGCCCCACCCGGACUGGCUGCUGGGGGGAGCUCGGGAGUCCGCUGGACUGGGCUGUCUCUAUGGAGGAGCUGUGCCCAGUGCCUGGGAGCUCCUUGGGAGCAGUGGAUCAAGCCUGUGCCCGGCUGCAGCAGGACCACCCUGGAGACGGUCAGCUGCUGGUGACAGCAGCACCCACAGAACAAAAGGGGAAACCCCCGGGGGAGGGCUGCUGCGGGAGCAGUAUCCCCGCUGUCAUCAUUACUGACCUAGGGGGUCAGGAGGAGGAGGCCGGGGAGAGCCCCCGAGUGAACAUGCCCAUCAGGAAGCUGUCUUCCUCUUCGGCUUCUUCCACUGGCUUCUCCUCAUCCUGGGAAGAGUCUGAGGAGGACAUCUCCAGCGACCCCGAGCGCACCUUGGAUCAAGCCCAGCCCUUCCUGCAGACCCUGGACCAGCACAAACCCAGAGUGAGCAAGUCAUGGCGGAAGAUCAAAAAUAUGGUGCAGUGGUCUCCCUUUGUUAUGUCCUUCAAGAAAAAGUAUCCUUGGAUUCAACUAGCAGGGCAUGCAGGUAGCUUCAAGGCUGCAGCCAAUGGCAGGAUACUCAAGAAGCACUGUGAAUCUGAGCAGCGCUGCUUGGACCGCUUGAUGAACGACGUCCUUAAGCCCUUUGUUCCUGCCUACCAUGGGGAUGUGGUGAAGGAUGGGGAGCGGUACAAUCAGAUGGAAGACCUGCUGGCUGAAUUUGACUCCCCCUGCGUUAUGGACUGCAAGAUGGGAGUCAGAACGUAUUUGGAGGAAGAGCUAACAAAGGCCAGAAAGAAGCCAAGCCUGCGGAAGGACAUGUAUCAGAAGAUGAUUGAAGUAGAUCCCAGUGCCCCGACCGAGGAGGAGAAUGACCUGCAUGCAGUAACCAAGCCCCGAUACAUGCAGUGGAGGGAGACCAUUAGUUCUACAGCAACCCUGGGAUUCAGAAUCGAGGGGAUAAAGAAAGAAGAUGGCACAGUGAACCGGGAUUUCAAGAAGACAAGAACAAAGGACCAGGUCACAGAGGCCUUCAGAGAAUUCACUAAAGGAAACCGUAACAUUUUGAAUGGUUACCUUAAUCGGUUGAAGGGGAUCCGUGACACCCUGGAAACAUCAUCGUUCUUUAAAUGCCACGAGGUAAUUGGGAGCUCCCUCCUCUUCAUUCAUGACCAAAAGGAACAGGCCAAAGUCUGGAUGAUCGACUUUGGGAAAACCACACCACUGCCAGAGGGACAAUUCCUCCAGCACAACGUGCCGUGGGUGGAAGGGAACAGAGAGGAUGGCUACCUCUGGGGGCUGGACAACCUCAUUGAGAUCCUAAUGGAAUUGUCACAGAGCGAGGACCUGCAUUAAAGCCAUACGUCCAACUCCACCACUACCCUGCAUCCUGCCCCUCAAACUGACUCUUCUGAACUGCACUACAAGACACUUUCCAAACC